AUUUCCACCAACUCCAACAAUAAGCUAUAAAAGAGAUGCAAAUACUGGUUUUUUUUUUUACCUUUCAAAGAUCAAAAUGGAUCAUGCUAAUGCCGAUGGUGUUGGACAACAAUCAUGCGCCGAGUUUAUUAAAGACAUUAUUGAAGGCAUCGAUGUAUUCACCCAAGAGGUAGAAAUAAUUCAACAAACGCCUUCACCUACAGACCAAAUUCUCUAUGGAUCAGCUUUUAAUCCAAAUUGA